AAAAAAAUACUACGAGAUUUGGGGAGGAGGGGUGCAACAAUCGUGUGUAACGAAAUCUGGCAACGCACAAAAAAAAAAAAUAAUUACAGAAAUAGGAAACCAAUUCAAUCCAGCACAUAUAAAAUGCCUGCGGUUUUCCUGCACCCACCUCUUUGUGAAGCAUUCCUUUCCUUUUGAUUACCUCCUUUUUCUUCUCAUAUACAUAUACAUAACCGUCAUGCGUUUGUCAACAACCAUCACAGCCUUUGUCGCCAUGGCUGCCGCUGCUUCCGCUCAGCAAAUUGCUCAAAUUGUUGAUUCCAGCAACUUCUGUAUCUUCUUGCCACCCGUUGGCUCUGCCGACGUUAACAUCGCCGACACCGAAACUUAUGCUACUGUCCGUUGCGUUGGUGACGCACCUAAAGCUACUGGAGCCGGAACCCUUCCUUCGGGCUUCAUCUUGUCUGCUCAUUAUGUGUCAACCUCCGCUUAUGUCCAAAUCACUGGACAAAUCGAUCCCUCAAAAGCCGGUUUGAACGUCACUGAUGAUGGUGGUCAAUACGAUGUCAAGGCCCCCGAUGGUUCUUCUUGCGCUGGCUGGCAAUACUAUGUUAACUUGAUCGAACCCUCUGGCAACGACUACUGCAUUCGUUGCUGCAAUGAUACAGUCAACUGCAACAGAGGUAUUUCUCAAGCUGGUUGUGCUCGUGUCGUCCCAGGUGACUACUCUGGUCCUGGUGUCUCUACUACUGCUUCUUCAUCAUCAGUUGCUUCUUCCUCUUCAACUGUUUCUUCCAGCGCUUCAAGCUCUACCCCCGUCAAGGCAGCCGCCACUGCUUCCUCAAAGGCAGCUACUACCCAUACCGCAGAACCAUCUUCUGCCAGCGCAUUGCCUACCGAUGCUGUCAGCGCUCAAUCUGAAAGCGGUGCUGUCGGUAUGAUCAAGCCCGCUCUUGCCUCCGUAGCCGUCAUGGCUGCCGCUUGUGCCUUCAACCUCUUCUAGAUUUUUUUUUUUCCAAACCCUUCACCCAUCCUAGCUUUGUAAAACUCUAAAAAAAAAUCUCUCCCACCAAAGA